AUGGUAUCGAAAUCGGAGUAUCAAUCUAUUGUCGAAGGAUUGAUUUCCGAUGUGUCGUUGACACAGCGCACCGAUUUCAAAGUUGAUACUGCGAUUGAGAACAGUAUCAUUCAACAUUUCGCGAGUUACGGCCUGACCUCUCAGCGGAUGGUUGCUAUUGCUCGACGGGGUGCUGAAUGCGGUGAAUGGUUCUUUCCUUUCCUUCAUGACAAGAACAAACUCGCCGCCAAGUUAUAUACAUCCAUGUUCUUUGCGAUCGACGAUCUCAGUGCGGAGAUCGCCGAGCCUCUCGGCAGCUUCUGCCAAAAUCUGCUCAUCGGCCGGCCACAAAGCCAUCCUGUCCUCCGAUUAUGUUUCGACGUUACUUCGGAAAUGAACAAAUUCUAUGGCCGAUUUGCCUCGGACAUGAUACUCAAAUCGAUGGUUGAGUUUCUCAGCGCCAACCUGGUAGAAGUUAAACUACCAGGAAAAAUUACGCCACUUACGAGCACUCCGAGCUUCCCUCGAUAUUUCCGGCUCAAAUCAGGAAUGCCAGAAGCGUUUGCCUUUUUCCCUUUUCCAACUCUUGAUAACGGAGAAGAUGUUUUGGACGAGUAUAUCCUUCUCCUGCCCGGUUUGAUUGAUUUCAUUGACACGGGCAACGAUAUCUUAUCUUUCUACAAGGAGUCCAUCUUGGCGGAUGACAGGGAUAACUGCAUUCAUCAGUACGCCGACGCACAUUCAGUUUCGUCAAAGGAGUCGCUCAUUCAUCACUGCGAAUUACUCAAAGAGUGCGUGAGUAACCUACGUGCUUCUCUAUUGAAGUAUCCUCGUUGGAAGGACAAUGUGGAACAGUUCAUUCAGGGCUACCUAGGGUUCCAUGUUGCAUGUGACCGCUACCAUCUAUCUGAUUUCGCAAUCUUCGACUCUUGA